AUGGCAAAAGAAGAAGAUGAGAAAUGUCUCAAAUGCAUUUUUGUUGGAAAUGCGGCAGUUGGAAAAACUUCGAUGAUAGUUAGCUACACGACAAAUGUUUAUCCACACAACUACGUGCCAACGGCAUUUGAUAAUUUCUCAGUUGUUGUUCUAGUUGACAAGAAACCAAUACGUCUACAGCUUCAUGACACCGCUGGACAGUCCUCAUUUGACACUCUUCGCCCGUUGUGCUACACAGAUGCUGACGUCUUUGUCAUUGUUUAUUCAGUUGUUGAUUUACAAUCAUUUGAAGAUGUGUCACAUCACUGGUAUCCGGAAGUCACCAAGAGAAAUCCGGGGACAAAAUUAAUUCUGGUGGGAACUCAAGCUGAUCAGAGAUGGCAAGUACGUGGGAAUACUGUCACGCAGUUACGCGGAAAAGCUUUAGCAGACAGACUCGGAGCUGAAUUUUUUGAAUGUUCAGCACUGACACAACACAAUUUAAAACAGAUGUUUGACGCAGCAAUUUUGGCCGGUCUCGAGGGAAAGAAGAAUCGAGAGAAACGAUCGAAUUUUUACACAAAGUCAUCGAAAAUUAAGGAACGCGUGGCAAGAUUCAUCACACGUACUCGCAACCUCAUUUGAUUAAUUUUUGAAUGUUUAUAUUAAAUUUUGUAGCUUCGUUCUAUCCAAUGCGGGUUUUUUCCUCUCUCACUUUUACACUAUACGACAAUUUUUUAUUUGUUGCAUUAAUUUUUUGAUCAACAUUCAGUAUUGUUUCAUUUCAAAAUGCAAAAUUCGAAUAAAUGCACCACUCUCCG